AUGAACUCGGGCACAGUACAGUAUUCCGGAGUGAAGUGCAGUGACGAAAAUCCUAGUGUGCUUACAGACGACGAGUAUAACUCCAAGAAGAAAAGAUACGUGAAAAAAGAUGGGAGCUGUAACAUGGUUGUGCAGCACGUUCCAGAGGAGUGGCUUCUCUGGAUCACUGACAUCUUCACCACCCUGGUGGAGAUCCGCUGGAGGGUCAUGUUCUUGACAUUUGCCCUCUCCUACAUUUUAUCAUGGCUCUUUUUUGGAAUUUUGUUCUGGAUCAUUGCAUUGACCCACGGCGAUAUGAAAGACCCCAACAAAGAGCCAUGUGUUUAUGAGGUUCGAAGUUUUACAGCUGCAUUUCUAUUCUCAUUAGAGACCCAGACCACCAUUGGUUAUGGCUUUCGGGGGAUGUCUGAGAACUGCAUGAUCGCCAUCAUCGUAGUUACCAUCCAAGAUGUCAUCAGUGUCUUCAUUGACACUUUUGUCAUCGGCAUCGCAGUCGCCAAGAUGGCAUCUGCCCGUAAGAGAGCCCAAACGGUUGGAUUCAGCAACUGUGCCCUGAUCAGCUUACGUGACGGUCACCUAUGCCUGUCGUGGCGGGUCGGGGACUUCCGAAGGAACCACAUGGUAGAAGGUACAGCACAUGCACAGCUGGUACGGCACCUGGCACACAGCACAGGAAAAGUUAACGUUACACACAAAGACCUCAACAUUGAAGAGAACAACAUCGUCCUGGCCACCCCAACAACCAUAGUUCAUAAAAUCAGCCCUGGUAGUCCUCUAUACAAGGUGAGCUUGAAGGACCUGAGGAAGGAGAACUUUGAGCUGGUGGUCUCUUUCACCUAUACAGACGACUGCACGGGCAUCCUUCACCAGACACGCACAUCCUAUACUCCAAGUGAGAUUCUGUGGGGCCAGCACUUUCAGGAGAUGAUCAGGGUUUCCCGCAGGAACUACAGAGUGGACUACGCCCUGUUCAACCACACAGUUAAAGUCCUGGUCCCAGAAUUAAGCGCAGAGGAGUAUGACCUAAAGAUGUGCUCUCAACAGCCAAAACACAAACCACUCCACAUAAGUUCUCCAACGGCAGCUGUGGAAUUGGUUAAUGAGAAUAGUCUUGAGGCAGAAAAAGCAUCCACCAGCAGUGCUGUCCAAGAACACGAGCUAUAACCGUAGAC